CAUACAUCGGCCCCAACGAUAUCCGAUACCUCAUCUAUAUGUUUGGCGCCAUCAAAGCGGGCUACCAGGUGCGUCACCUUGUUUCCAUCAGUUCCCGAGCUACUGAUAACUUUGGCCGUACAAUACUGACACACAUAUACCUUUCAACGCCCUCUUCAUCUCCCCUCGAAACUCGCACGAGGGGCAGAUCAGCCUCUUCGAGAAGACCAACUGCGGGACACUCUGCUUCGACGCGGGGUUCAGCGCUACUGUGCACCCGUGGCUGCAGGAGCGCGACAUGAAGGCCAUCAUGGUCAGUUCGUUGGACCAGUGGUUCCCGGCCGAGGAGGUUCCGCCCUUCCCGUACGAUAGGGGUUCGUCGUUUGACGAGGCGAGGUGGGACCCUCUUGUGGUCCUGCACACGAGCGGCAGCACGGGGAUCCCUAAGCCCAUCGUCUGCCGCCAGGGCAUGAUCGCCAUCAGUGAUGCCUACCACGAUCUGCCGGAGUGGCAGGGGACGCGGGUGUGGUUGCAGGCCUGGGAGGAAAUGUCUGACCUCCUGUUUGCGCCAAUGCCCCUCUUCCAUGCGGCUGCGUUGUACAUGACCAUCAUCGCGACACUGUACUGGGACAAGCUGGUCGCCCUAGGAAUUCCCGAGAAGCCCCUUUCUUCGGACAUUGUCGUCGAAUGUCUGACUAAACUUGGUCCCAAGGCGGUCCUCCUCCCCCCUGUCAUUCUUGAAGAGCUGAGUCAGUCGGACGAAGGCACAAGUGUCCUGAGUAAGCUCAACAUGGUUGCGUUUGGUGGUGGCAAUCUCGCCCAAGAGGCCGGCGAUAGACUCGUGGAGAAUGGCGUGGCUCUGGAGAACAUCAUCUCCGCGACAGAGUUCACUCCGUUCCCCAUAUACCAUCAACCUGACCGAAAGUUGUGGCCUUGGUUCAUCAUCAACUCGGAUAUAUUUGGCUGCGACUGGCGGAAGACCGGGGAAGACAACGUAUUCGAGCAGGUCAUUAUCCGCAAGGACAAGGACCCCGGCCUGCAGGGAUUCUUCUACACCUUUCCGGAUGCCCAAGAGUACAGCACAAAAGACCUCUAUCGACGCCAUCCGACCCUGCCAAACCACUGGUUCCACCAAGGCCGUGCGGACGACGUCAUCGUCUUCUCAAACGGGGAGAAGCUCAACCCCGUCACGAUCGAGAGCACCAUCAUGGGCCACCCGGACGUCAAGGGUGCCCUUGUCGUGGGAUCCAACAAGUUCCAGCCGGCACUUCUCAUCGAACCUCAGAAGAUGCCUGGGAGUGAGAAAGAGGUGAACGAGUUCAUUGAUAAUAUCUGGCCGCUGGUUGUUCAGGCCAACAAGGAAACAGUGGCACACGGCCAGAUUGGACGCAAGUUCAUCGCAAUCUCCAAACCUGACAAGCCAUUCCUGAGAGCCGGGAAAGGCACGGUCCAACGGGCUGGUACUGUGAAGCUAUACAAGGACGAGAUCAACGACAUCUAUGACAAGGCUGGCCAGGCAGCUGUAUCCGAAGCUGUCAAGCUCGACCUCAGCUCGGAGGGAGGUUUGACGAAUUCAGUGGCGGGUCUCUUUAAGGCGAACGCACGAGAUGUCUCCCUCGACCCUGAUACGGAUUUCUUUCAAGCCGGGAUCGACUCUAUGAAGGUCAUCAACGCCUCGCGACUCCUUCGCGCCAGCUUGGAGGCGGCUGGCUUCGACGUCAGCGCCGGGGAUGUGGCGACCCGUGUCAUAUACGGGAACCCGACACCCAGGAAGCUUGCCGGGUACUUGUAUUCACUAGUCAAGCGCGGCAGCCACGGCCAAGAAGUCGAAGAGGAUGAUGCCCAGCACGAGAUUGAUGCGAUGAAGGCCCAGCUCGAUAAAUAUACCCGCCAUCUGCCAAUUGCGGAUACUACCGAGAAACUGCCUCCCGCCGACGAUGGGCAGGUCAUCAUGCUCACGGGGUCGACGGGGGCCUUGGGAUCAUACUUGCUGGACUUCAUGUGCUCCUCGGCGGCUGUGAAAAGGAUCGUCUGCUUGAACCGUGCGGAAGACGGACUUGGAAGGCAGAGGGAGGUAACAGAAUCUCGCGGUUUGAAGACGGAUUUCGCCAAGGUCGAGUUCCUGCACGCUAACCUGGGGCAAUCAUGUCUUGGAGUGGGCAACGAAGCCUACAGGCGGCUCCACAACGAGGUGGAUAGGAUUAUCCAUAACCAGUGGCCGGUCAAUUUCAACAUGCCGGUCGAGUCUUUCGAACCCCACGUGCGGGGAGUCCGUCACCUCGUCGAUUUCAGUGCCGGGGCCAGGAAACAGGCCCCUAUCACUUUCAUCUCUUCCAUCGGCACGGUGGACAGAUGGAAACACCCAUAUCCGGUCCCAGAGAAAUCCAUCGACGACCUCACCAUCAUCUCCACCGGAUACGGUCGGUCGAAACUGGUCGGCAGUCUUCUCCUCGAGGAGGCAACCAAGAAAUCCGGCGUCCCCUCCGAGAUUAUCCGGGUCGGGCAGAUUGGAGGGCCCGAGUCGGAAAACGGGAUGUGGAACAAACAGGAAUGGCUCCCGACAAUCAUCGCCAGUUCGGCGUACCUGGGCGUUCUCCCGGAAGACCUGGGGCCAAUGCAGACCGUCGACUGGACGCCUAUCGAGGGGAUUGCUAAAAUGGUCCUCGAGGUUUCUGGCAUCACUUCCAGGGUUCCCAUCGAGGAAGUGAACGGCUAUUUCCACGGCGUCAACCCGUCCAAAAUUUCCUGGACGCCCCUUGCACAGGCCGUAAAGGAGUUCUACGGCGGUCGUAUCAAGCGACUUGUGCCCUUCUCGGAAUGGGUCGACACUGUCGAGAAGAGCCACGCAAAGACCGAUGAUGCAAACAAGAACCCGGCAGUCAAGCUUCUGGAUACUUACCGAGGGAUGAGCAAGGGGGAUCAGGGUCACGUUAACAUGGACAUGACGAGAACCAAGAAGUAUAGCAAGACGAUGAGGGAGAUGAAGGCAGUGACGCCGGAUUUGAUGAAACACUGGUGUAGCCAGUGGGGAUUCUGAGGUUCAACAGAUGGGGCUGUGUAAGUUAUGUAUGACCUUCCAGGUUGCGUCCUGUGCAUUUAGUUAGGU